CAUGGCAGUUUCAUUGUUGUUAAAAAAAACUGUUUUUUGCAAUUUUAGUAAAAUUGUAAAUGUAGAUCGUUGAUAUUUGAACGCACCCUGCUAACAGACCAAAGAAAAUGCACAACUACUCAAACUAUAUUGAUUUCUAUGCUAAUCAACAAGUUCAACUACCACCUAGUCGAUCAGAAAUUUUGCACAAUUCACAUCAUACUGGCGAAUCAGCUCGUUCGAGUACUUCCAAUCAACAUCAUACUUGUGCCAGCCUAGUGCAACUACCGCUCAGCGCGCCUAGCCCAGUUUCAGACUCACACACACGUUUCCAAAAUAGACCAGUUACAGUCGAAAGAACUGUUCCAAAUGGAUCCAAUCAAUUUCUUGGAAAACCACCGACGUAUAUUGAAGCCAUUAGUGCAUCAAAUAUUGAUCCAAUUUUGGAACCGCCACCUUCAUACGAUUCGUUAUACGGCCGGAUAAUUGAAGCUCGAAAUCAAUACAAGGGGCCCAUGGAUUUUCUUAACAAAAUUUUUGUCUUAUUUCUGAGCACACUUUCAAUAUGUAUGAUCAUCAUUGGAUCUCUGUUUUUUCAUCGGUGUCCGCAAGGCAAAUAUAUUCCAGUGUUCCUUAUGGUCGAAGGAAUACUGCUUAUCAUCAAACUUGUGCUACGUUUUGCCACACGUGUGCAUCAAACUCCAGACGAUCCAGCUACUCUCCAGACCUGGCGAUCUGGAACACAAAGACUUAUCAAUUGUUUUAUCCUCUUUUUGUUCGUUACCGGAUCGGACUAUAUUUAUCGGAUGCACAAACCGAAUUACGAUAAAUCUCUCGGCUUGUAUUGCGACAAGACGCUGUAUCUAAUGUCAUUUUGGCUCGUUACGACCACCUAUACAUUUUUGGGCGUAAUAUUUUUUUCGAUUGCGAUGGUAUCCAUUGUCUUUCAAAAUUAUCAAAGACGCUUUAAUGUUUAAAUUAAAGUGGAAUAGUGAUUUGCAUUAUAGUGAACGCAAAGACAUGCGACUGCAAUCAGACUUGUUAAGAUUCAACUCACAAUAGUGGCUGGUUUAUUUCAUUUAUGGCAAUUGUUGAAGAUAUGUGCCACUUAUAAUAUUUCUAGGUUGGACGUGGGGUCCUCGAGAGAAGAUAGUUGUAAGGCCACUACUAAAAAAACAUGGGUGCUAGUUAUUAUUAAAAACACGCGUAUGAGAGAAAUCGUAUGAAUACAAUUGUGGUAUGAAGUGGUAUGUAAUGUCUAUUCUCCAAAAGUCAUAGUUUCUGCUCAAAACAGGUGACCAAAGUCAUCAUCAACAAAGCGUUUUCCAGCUGAUAUUAGGCUCUUAACGAACACAAAAUUGGUUUUGUCCGAAAGUAUACUGUAUACAAUAUUUUAUACUGCGAUAACCAAGUGUAUCUCAAAGCCACUUUUAUUAGUUUUAGUAUUUAUUAAAAUUCGUAAUAAAAAUAUGUUCC